ACUGAAGCCGCGGCUGCGUCGCCUGCCUGAUGAUCCGCCAAGCUGCUUUCUACCAACUACGGUGUCCCUCCCUUCUACCUCCCACUCCAUCUCUUAUUUCUCGCCGCAUUCUCUCGACUGUAGGGAUGGAGAACUAUUACAAAGUAGUGCAGCGCCACUGAAGACCGAGUCACCACGGAAACACGAAAAAGAAAGCAAGGGAAAGGACGCCUUGACGAGUGUGUAGCGGAAACGCCACCAUAUGUUUGGUCUGAAAAGAGGCUGCUUCAUACGACUGACGUCUAAGUGAAACUUAUUUUCGACUGACUUAUUUAUCGGUGCUUUUUCUUUUUUUUAAUCGGUUUGCCUGCUCCACCUGUGCGCGGCGGCGUCCACACCUCUGUUUGGCUAAUUGCUCAUUGCACCACCCUGACGACACCACAACACGCGCUGCAGGUUUGUGGCAAUAUUGAAUUAGAUUGUUAACUUGUUCAAAGAGAAGAGGAGGGAGAAUCCCCAUCGAAGUCCCCGCUCGCCUUUGUACCGAUCUUCCCGGUACAGAGACAUGUCUGGUCGGACUGUGAGCAUCCCGGACGACCGGGCGUUCGCCAGCUUCAAGGCAGAGUGUCUGUGCGAGGAAGGCUGGAGUGGGACCUACAACAAGGGGGACAUCACGGUGUGGACCCAGGCGCUGGAGGAGGGCAAGUCAGUCCACAAAAUGAAAUGUCGGAUGGUCUGUAAGGAGGUGUCAGCUGAGACCAUGUAUGAUGUCCUCCAUGACAUUGAAUACAGAAAGAAAUGGGACACAAAUGUCAUUGAGACCUUCGAUAUUGGAAAACUUACGGUCAAUGCAGAUGUUGGCUAUUACUCAUGGAAGUGUCCAAAUCCACUCCGUAACAGAGACGUCAUCACGCUUCGCUCCUGGUUGCCGAUAGGGAAAGAUUACAUCAUCAUGAACUACUCUGUUAAACAUGCAAAAUAUCCUCCGAAAAAGGACAUGGUUAGAGCUGUAUCCCUACAGACUGGCUACAUGGUCCAGAGCCAGGGACCCAAGCACUGUGCCCUCACAUACAUGGCACAGGUAGAUCCACGAGGUUCUUUACCCAAGUGGGUUGUCAACAAGUCUUCUCAUUUUCUUGCUCCUCGUGCAAUGAAGAAGAUCAACAAAGCAUGUUUGAAGUAUUCCGAAUGGAAGCAGAGACACAACCCAGGAUUCAAGCCUUGGCUCUACCCUGAACAGACUACAUUACCCAGCAUCCCACUGUCUGAUCUUAGCAUUCAGCAUGCCGAGAGCCUGGAAAAUAUUGACGAAAGCUCCCUGGCUGAGACCCAUGAGAGGGAUGACAGUGACUAGCACACUGGAGUCAAACCUGGGUCAUGUAUUCACACACGCACACGCACACACACACACACACACACACACUCAUGCACACACUGAUGCAGGGAUACAUGCAUGCCUGAUACACAAUCAUAAUUACACACGUAGAUGUGAUUCAUUUCAUACACUGUACUUUUAAAUGUAUCUAGUCAUGCUCACAAAACAUGUAUGGAAGCAUUCAUGCAAACACACAUUUGACAAACUCGGCUCCAUAUUUGCUUACAUAAUGCAUGCAUGCAUACAUACAUUUUCUAUUUCAUCACGAUACAGUACAAUCACAAAUGCGCACCCACUUGCAAUGGCCUACAAAUACUUAUUUUGUACAACUGGUAAAAUAUUUGUCAAAAAACGGGAUUUGCCUGAUAUUUUCAAAUUAGGAAUGUUUUCUGCAACAUUUACUGUUAAACUGUUUACAUACGGACCUGUACCUUUCAUUCAGCAAAAACAAUGUAGCUCAAGUUUGCAAAGACAUGAUUCUCACACAGUACAUUUAUGCACAUCAUUUCAAUUUUCUUUCUUUCUGCCAUCAUUGUAGUUGUUUUGUAAGCACACAAGAAAUAUGCAGGCAGCUGUUGAUCCCAGCGGACCCUUAAGAACGUCAGUUCUAUAGUUGUGAGGACUCUCAUCAACUCAAUGCCUUAUCCCAAUGUUUAAUCUUAGUUUGACCACAACCUUAAAACAAAUCUGAACCCAAGACUAGACAGAGCCUUCUGGACUGAGAGGUGAAGCGAAUCUGGAAGUGCCUUCAACCUGCAUUUUUUCCAAUAGCCAGCAGAGGGAGGCUCCACCAAGAUGGUAAUGAAAUGCCCACAUAGCCCAAUUUGAUGCCUCAAAAUGAUACAUGGCAAACCAAACCAAUUCAUUACUGCCAUUUGUCUUAAUGCUCAACUGUGCUUUUAUCUGGGAAGCCAAACAAUUCCUCCAAUGCGGAAAUAUCCUCACUUGCAGUUUUUUAAUCCUAGUCCUCACAAAGAUAGAACGACAUGUACUCAUGCAGCUGUAACAUAACAUCCUUCUCUUUCUCUACUCAAGUGAUGUAUGAAUGUAAGUUUAGAAAUUUAAUACAGAUUCCUACAGAGGUUUUCAAACUUC